CGUUCGCUUUGGAUUCUUAAUUGUUGGAUAGUUACAUUGCAAAUUAAAUGACAUCUACAAACGAGAAUAUUGACGCCAAUGCCGAUGAGUUGGUAGCGCCCGGCUGGUUAAAUGCGCAGUUCUUGGAGAAAGCGCUGAGUCAAUAUGAAAAGGCUCCCGAACUGAAAGUAAUUAGUGUAAAACUUUCUCCCGCGAGUGCAAAGGGUGAUCACUAUGCAAGCGUUAUGUUUCGGGGUAACGUAGCGUAUACCACACAAAGCGGAGACCAUUCCAAGUCCCUGAUCAUCAAGACAAUGCCCGAAGCUGAGGGACACAAGAAGGAAAUGCUUAAGGACUCCCCUCUUUUUAAGACCGAGAUAGGCAUGUAUACCAAGGUGCUGCCCAGAUUCGAGCAGAUUCUCAAGGAGUCUGGCGAUGACAGUCGACUUGGUGCGCUCUGUAUCUAUCACAGCUUAGAGCCACGCGAGGUAAUGAUUUUUGAGGAUUUGGUACCGCAGGGCUAUACUGUUAUACGCGAUCGCGAAGCAACGGUCGAGGAAAUGAAGGGCGCAUUUACGAAGCUCGCUAAAUUGCAUGCAGUUAGCUUUAAGACGUUAAAGGAGACUCCUGAUUUUCUGAAAGAGUUCCAAUAUGGCAUUUGCGAAAUGCCAAAUAUAUUGAAUGAUCCGUUUAUCACAACGGGUCUGACCAAUUUCCUGGAACUGCUCGAUUCUAAGCCAGAGUUUGCUAAGUACAGGUCGUAUUUUAGGAAUAAAGCGAACACCUAUAUGGAUCUUUUCGUUGAUAUUAUGGAGGAGUAUCGAAGAAAUAAACAACCCAAUGGGUACUAUGUACUAUGCCACGGCGAUUUUCAUCUGCGUAACAUGAUGUUCAAGCACAAUACAUUGGAUCAAAGCUUUGAGGAUUGCAUGUUGAUCGAUUACCAAAUAUGCAACAUCUGUCCCAUAACCAUCGACUUGAUCUAUGCGACUUAUAUGCUGUUGUCGCCAGAGAAUCGUCAGCACAAUUUAGAGGAGUUAAUUGGAUUUUAUUUCUCAACUUUUGCUCAAACCCUGAAACAAAUUGGAUACAAAGGAGAACUUCCGAAUUUCGUGGAGUUUCAGAGGCAAAUGACACGUCACAAUUUCUACGAUUUGUUUCUCAUAUCCGCUUUUUUACCCCUAAUGCAUGGCGUUAGAGCAAACGUGGAUAUUAGUGAGGCUCUGCAACAAAAUGAUGUGCGCAAGAAGCUAUUUGUCCAGGAUACCUAUAUUGAAGAUGUCAAGUUUUUGCUAGCCAAAUUUGAAAAAUUUGGCUAUUUUGACUGAUUUUGAUGACAUGUAUAAACAU